CUUUAUUCUGAAGUAGCUGCGUCAUCGAGUGGGCGUGGCAGCGCUGCGGCUGUACACUCGUCGUGCACGCGCGGUCGCGGCUGAUGCGUCACACGUGCACUUGAAAGGACACACACAGACACACACAGACACACACAUCAGCUGUGAUGUCUCAGGAUGACAGGAAGUGGCAGAGCGAGGUGGAGGAGAAGAAGCGUCAGCUGGAAGAUGACAGACGAGCGCUGCAUCACAUGAAGUCAAAGGCACUAAGAGAGCGCUGGCUACUGGACGGAGCACCACCUAUUGGGGAUGAACAGAAGCAACAGCAUGAGGAACACGCCAAGAACCUGGAGGACACCGUCAGCAGGUUGGAAAAAGAAUUAAUCAAUCUUGAGAACACAGGAGCAUGCACGAGUUCACUGAGGUCAGGAUCAAUUCAAGAGGUCAGCCAUCACAAGGUGGGAGGCGAUGACAUGAUGAAGCGAGCAAUGUAUUCGGUGGAGAUCAAAGUAGAGCGGGACAAGGCAACGGGGGAGACACGCGUCCUGUCCUCGCACACCAAACUUCCUUUUGACUGCUCUCAGGGAGGGAUCAAAGUUUACGAGGACCAUCAGAAAGUGGUUCAUGAGGUCAAUGGUGAGGAUGGUGUUCACCUGCUCAGUGCCGCCGAGGUGGACGAGCUCAUCCUCAAAGCUGAUGAGGUGCUGACAACCCCAUGCGUGGCGGUCCAAGAGAAGGAGGAGAUAAAGGAGGAGACGGUGGAGGCGGCACCGGAGAUCACUGGGCUGGAAGCCAUGUCUGAAGAGCAGGGUGGUGCCCGGGAGCCUGUCACCAUGGUGUUUAUGGGCUACCAGGAUGUGAAGGAUCAGGACCACACCAAGAAGGUCCUUGGCCUGCAGGGGACAGUCAAGGCGGAGCUUGUCCUCAUCGAGGACGGGAAGACCUCACCAUCAGGAGGACCAGUGGAUGCCGUGCCAAUUCCUACCACUGUUCCGGAGAUAGUGGACAAGUGUGAAUCGGCGGCGGUGCCACCGAGAGGGUCCGUGAAAACCAAGAAGGAGAAAGAGGCGCGUAAGUGCUGCAUCGUCAUGUGAACCACCACCUGGGGGUGCUACAAAAUAUUUCCGCAAGACUGCAAAACAUCACUUCCUGUUUUUUUUACAUUUCUCAUCUUUGCUUUAAGCAGCUGAUUAGCAUUAGCACAUGCUACCUGUAAAAAAAAGUGUGACAAAGUAAUGCAAGCAUGUAAUGCAAGCAUGUCAUGAACAUGAACGCCAUCACUUCCUGUUUGUGUUUCAUUGACUGCAGCUGACAACACAAAGCUAAUACCAAAGCUAAACAUGUGCUGCUGACCUACUGCAUGCUAGCAGCAACAUAAGUAUUGGGGCACAGCUCUUUAUCGUGUUUUUCUCCCAGUACACACAGCUGGGUCCACAAAGUCAUGCACUGAUGAGUUUGCUGUGGAAGAACUAGAACAGCGAUGGUGACCAACUUCAGUGAUCUCCCAAAUGGACACUCCAAAAUCUUUUAUGUCUUCCCAACUACACUGGAAGCCGUCUGAGAUGCCAUGUUUUCUUCAAAUUUUAAUAUCCAGCAGCUGUCCCAAUACUUUUGUGGGUGGCCAGCUUCCUGUGACCAAUGAGCGUUAAUGGCAUCGCAUCCUCCAUCAACAGACGCGACCUUGCUGAUGUCAUGACCAAGAAGGUCAGCAAAACCUUGAGGGAGGAGCUUUAAAAUGUUGUCCUAAUACCCAAUAAGUCUCUUUAUGAGCAAUACAAGGCUGUGUCUGAAAUAUACUUCCUUCAGUAUGUAUACUCAUUAUCUACAGUACGUAUACUAUGUACACUUAUAGUUUCUGAAGUCACAAUCUUGACAGUGUAGUUCAGUCCCGGAAAUGACAAUCAGAAUAUUUAUCGGCCUCGUCUUCUUCUCUCCUUUUUAAAUUGUGAAUGGAUUUAAUAAUUACACUGACUAGACUUUAAUAUAUAUAUGAUUAAUAUUAUGAUUAAUAUUAAAAUAUUUUAUUUUUUAGGGAAUGAAGGCCGCUUUUUAAUCAAACGAAGAAUCAAGUUUAUUUGUAGUUCUAAACGUAAGAUGUUUUUACUCAUUUUUUGUCUCUCCGAGGUUAUGCUUUUUUUUUUUUACAGCAUCUCUCACAUCGUAUGCAAAUAAUAUGCAAAUUCGCCAAUGAGGUCAUCUAGCAAAUUCGAGACACUUCAAGAAGGGACAGCCAAAAAUUCCUCUCUUUCUGAAGAGUUGGCCACAGUGCCCAAUUGAGACGAAGCUCAAAUCUGAUUUUUUAAAAUGGUUUCUGUACUAACAUGGAUGUGCUGGUACUUUGCAAACAAAUAUCUUUAUGAUUAAAAGGUGGUGUUGCAAA